CCCCGCCAGCGCCGCCACGCAGCAGCCCGCCGCCGCCCCCGCCUGGGCCUACGAAGCCCGGGUCCCGACCGCCGCCUCGAGCCCCGGCUGCAGCGGCAGCAGCCCCAGCCUCAAGGCCAGCUAUGAAGAUGGACAUCCCUCACAGUCUGAAUCAGAGCUCCUUCAAAGACAGACAUUUGCAGCCUCUCAUCAGCUUCCUGGUUAUGCUCCCACGCCUCAAGCAACUGGUAUGCAUUCCUCAACAGCAACUGAGCUGUUUGUUACAGGACCCCUGCCGACCUCUGGAACCCUUCCACCACCUGUGCUCUCCGCUUACCAGCAUCCUGCGACUUUUAGCAAUAGAAACUUUGCGACCACCUCACCUUUGGUGCUUCAGGAUUCAUCUUUUAACACUACAUCAAAUGGAAUUUUAAACCCUCAUGAUCCUUUGCUACAAAUUAAGACUUCCCAGGGAACUGUUCCAACCGCUUUGGCAUUUGAGCGCCUGGGCAGUUCUGCAUUAAGUAAUAGCAUACCACCUCAGUCUUCAACAUACCGCUCAGCUCAAGAGUCGGCGCCACAUCUCUUACAACCUCAAUUCAGUUUGUUGCCUUCAACACUUGGGGGAGCCCAGCAAACCCCUCAAGGCUACAGUUCAACUCUUUUUACUAGUUCUGCUGCUUCCAUUGAAAGAGCCCUUCUUCGAGAAUGUAGUGUUAUUAAGCACCACCAGCGGCCUUCAGAUGCCCAGUCUAUUCAGGCACAAAUGACUGGUUCACAGCUUCCCUUACAUAGUUAUCUAUCAAGUGCAAGUAUUGGUAAUUUUCAGGAAACAUCCAGGCAGUCAUCUUUAUCCUGUAGCUCAAUUCGAGAUUCUACUCAGGUGAGCAAUGGAGCAUUGCAACAGAAGACCCCUCAGGUCUCAGCAGAACAUGCUCAGUCUUAUUCAUCUGUAAUUCCAUCAUCAGGGUAUCUUCCUUCUGCUACAAAAGUAGAUGCCUGUUCUACAAAACAACCACUAACAUCAAGUGUGAUUCCUCCUGUACAAACACUAAACUAUUCUAAACCUUUACAUAACCAGAGUUCUGUAAUAUCAGGUCAAGCACAAAUUUAUUCUACAGCACAACUACCUAGCCUUUUAUCAGUCAGUCAGUCCCAAAAUUAUGGUUUAGUACAGCCACAUAAUGUGCCAUCUAUUGUUCAUUCACAGGUUUAUAGGUCCAGCAGGGUUGAGAAAUUGCCAUCCUUAUACAAAACAUUGGCCUUUUCUGGGUCUUCUCAGACUGUAACCUCUGAAAAUCAGACACUUAGUUAUUCAUCCAAUCAGCAAGAAGUAUUAUCUUUAGUUACAAAUGAGAAUUACCCUGCUCAUACAAGAGACCUGGCAUCAGUCAGUCAGCCUCAAAAUUAUUCAUCUGGUCACUCUCAGGGUUUAUCACCAGUUAGCCAAACACAGGUCAGUUAUUCAUCUCAGUCACAAGUUUUAUCAGUUAUCAGCCCUUCAGAAAGUUAUGCGUCGGUACAGUCUCUGACAUUAACAGCCCCUUCUCUUUCUUAUUCUUCUGCCUCCCGGGGUCAGAGCUUGCCAGAUUCUAGCCCAACACCAAAUUAUAUUUCUAUGCAUUCAUCCCCAAACACUCAUACCCAAGGAUCUUCACCACCUCAGCCCCAAAAGUUUUUGCCUGCUGUGCAGUCAUCUUUUGCAUCCUCUACUCGUGGUCAGGCAAUGCAGAAUAGCAUACCUUCCCCUGAUCCAAAGACUUAUGCUGAGAGAAAACGUGACUCAAAUGCGUAUACAUCUUCAGAGCAAAAUGAUGAUUUUCCGUUGCAAAAGUUACAGGCAUUGCAGUCACAGGCAUCUCUUGAGCCAUCAAGCCAAAGGCUGCCUGAUGGAGAAGUGAAUCCUCAGGAGUCAGUUUAUAAGACAUCAAAAUCAGAUGACCGAUAUUCUCAGAGUGUAACCAGAAACAACUCCCACCUUGAAGACCAAGUUGUUGGAGUUGCUCUCCAGGGUUCAAAACAAGAAGAAAACAUGGUUGGUUCAGUGACACAACUUAACCAGCAAAGUGGCCAGCCCAGUAAUGCGGUAAACACUGAUCUUAAGAAGGCAACGAAUUUAAUGCCAGCGCCACAGAUAAGGUUGAAUACAAAAGACCUCAACCAGCAGCAUUCUCUCAUACAUAAGAUGCAUGAAACCAAGGUUCAGGAACAGCAUGACCAGAUAAUUAGUGCCUCAUCUCAGAUACAGAUUUCAAAUCAUGCUUUGGGGCAUAGUCAUCAGACUCUUCCUAAUACACCAGUCCUUUUAGAUUCUGCCUGUGACUUACAGAUUCUUCAGCAGGCUGGGAUUCUACAGGCAAGCUUAGGACAAGCAAAGGCAUCUUUACAAGUACAGCGUGUUCAGAGCCCCCAACAGGUAGUCCACUCUUUUCUUCAGAUGGAUGGUCACAUCAUUCAGAGCAAUGGUGAGCAUCCACAACAGCAGCUCCAUCCUCAAAAUUCUGAGAUUAUGAAACUAGACCUCUCUGAACCUUCAAAACCUUUGCAGCAGCUAACAACGAAGGGCCCUUUCAGUGAAGCCAAUCAACAUGAUUCAAAGAAUCAGUUUGUUUCUCUUGGAUCAAUGUGCUUCCCAGAGGCAAUGCUUCUCAGUGAUGAAAGAAAUAUUUUAUCAAAUGUAGAUGACAUCUUGGCAGCUACAGCAGCAGCUUGUGGGGUUACACCUUCUGACUUUUCCAAGUCUACUUCAAAUGAAACCAUGCAGGCUGUUGAAGGUGGUGAUUCUAAAUCUCAUUUUCAGCAGUCAUUAGAUGUCAGGCAUGUGAAUUCAGAUUUUAACUCCAUAACAGCUACAGUAGGAAAGCCACAGAAUAUUAAUGACAUUUCCCUAAGUGGAAAUCAGGUUACUGUAAACCUUUCAUCAGUACCCACCCUUCAGUCAAAAACAGUACUUGAUCAACAGCACAUGGAAACACCUGGUCAAAAUAUACCCACAAAAACAUCUUCAGCCAUGGUUGGACCAGGUCAUGAAGCGCAGGAGCAAAGUGCUGACCCGUUUAAGAAACAGUUGGCUAUGAAUCAUGAAUCAAAAGAAGAUAGUGAAAUUGCUGUUGAAAGUGCAUUGAGUAAUAACAGAAAUCAAGAGUUUGUUCCUGCUAGCCAGAGCAUAAGUGGAGAGAGUGUAGCAUCAGAGAGCGAUUUUACCCUAGUAGGUGACGACAGCAGUAUGUUGGUGAACCAUCGAAGGAACACACUUGCACUGCUUGCCAUGGCCCAGCCUGGGGAUGCAGCUAGUGGCAAGACUGAAGAUGAAAAGCAAGAUGUAGCAUACUUUAACCUUCCAAAGAAAAAAGCUAAAGGAAAAGGACAAGGUAAAGAGGAAGAGGACAGUAGUCAGAAACCCCCGAAAAAGUCUGCUCAAGGCAAGCGCCAGAACCCCAGGGGUGCAGACAUGUAUUUACCGUACACUCCCUCUUCCUCAGAAAGCUGUGAUGAAGGUUACCAGCAUCAAGAAAAAAUGAGGCAGAAGAUCAAAGAAGUAGAGGAAAAGCAGCCAGAAGUCAAAACAGGAUUUAUUGCUUCUUUCUUAGACUUCCUGAAGUGUGGGCCCAAGCAACAGUUUUCUACCCUUGCUGUUCGAAUGCCUAGUAGGACCAGACGAUCAGGAACCCAAGUCACUCAUCCUUUCUGUGCCCCACCACUUGCAAAGAUGUCACCUGCAGCACCUGUGCCAUUAGCGUUUGAGACUGGAGGGGUCAGUCCAUCAGAGAAAGUUGACAAUGAGCUUAAAAAUUUAGAACACUUAUCUUCCUUUUCUUCUGAUGAGGAAGAUCCUAGCCUGUGUGGCCAUGAUAUCUAUAAGAAAAUCUCCGCUCCCGCUCCCUUAUCUGCGUUGGAUACUACUUCUGACAAAACAAAGAAAACAGUUUCAGAAGCUCUACCUGUGACAGCUCCUGGUGUAUCUGCUGAGACCGCUGGUGCUGCUCCCACGUCCUCCACUGCUGGUGCAAAACAAGACCUUCAUGUGACUUCAUCCGCUGCAAAAACCCUGGAAAAUGCAAACUCCACAGAACCCCCGAAAGCCAUCGAACUCGAUAGUCUUCCUUCAGACCAGUUUGCAAAAGGACAGGACACAGUUGCAAUAGAAGGUUUUACAGAUGAGGAAGAUAUAGAAAGCGGAGGAGAAGGCCAAUACAGAGAACGUGAUGAGUUUGUGGUAAAGAUAGAAGAUAUAGAGACAUUUAAGGAAGCUUUAAAUAUAGGAAAAGAGCCCCCAGCUAUUUGGAAAGUACAGAAAGCUUUGUUACAGAAAUUUGUUCCUGAAAUUCGAGAUGGGCAAAGAGAAUUUGCAGCUACAAAUAGUUAUCUUGGAUAUUUUGGAGAUGCAAAAACUAAAUACAAAAGGAUAUAUGUGAAGGUCAUUGAAAAUGCAAACAAAAAGGAGUAUGUUAGAGUGUGUUCCAGAAAGCCAAGAAACAAGCCUUCACAAGCUAUCAGAAAUGUUCCAUCUAAGCCAAGUAGUAGCAGCAAAACUUCUGACCCACCAGUAUCAAAAACUCCAACUACAAAAGCCCCUUCUACAAAACCCAAAGUUAAACAACUCAAAGUGAAGGCUGAGCCACCACCAAAGAAACGGAAGAAAUGGAAAGAAGAAUUUUCAUCAUCACAAUCUGAAUCAUCUCCUGAGGUCCGUUCUAGCAGUAGUGAGAAUGAGGAAUUUGAUCCUCCAGCUCCCUUUGCCACUCGUUUUCUAAACACAAGAGCAAUGAAGGAAACUUUCAAGAGUUACAUGGAGUUGCUUGUUAGCAUUGCUCUGGAUCCAGACACAAUGCAAGCACUAGAGAAGAGCAAUGAUGAGCUACUUUUACCACAUAUGAAAAAAAUAGAUGGCAUGCUGAAUGAUAAUCGCAGAAGACUUCUGGUGAAUCUUCACUUGGACCAGCCGGUCAAGAAUGCAUUGGAAAGUUUUCCUGAACUAACAAUUAUUACUCGAGACUCUAAAGCAAAAAGUGGAGGAUCUGCUAUUUCUAAAAUAAAAAUGAAUGGCAAAACUUAUAAUAAGAAAACUCUAAGGACUUCUAAAGCAACCACUAAGUCUGCACAGGAGUUUGCUGUUGAUCCAGAGAAAAUACAGUUAUAUUCAUUAUAUCAUUCACUCCAUCAUUAUAAAUACCAUGUUUAUCUAAUAUGUAAGAAUGAGAUAUCGUCUGUUCAGAAAAAAAAUGAAGAUUUAGGACAGGAAGAGAUUGUUCAACUUUGUAUGAAAAAUGUAAAGUGGGUGGAGGACCUAUUUGAGAAAUUUGGAGAACUUCUAAAUCAUGUGCAACAGAAAUGUUCCUAACAUUUCCACAACAUCCCCCCUUUUUAUAGCACUAAUGAAAUGUCAUAGUGUCACAGAUAAUCACAUCUCCAGCAGUGGUGUCUUGCAGACAUACCCAAUACCAUGGGGAACCUUGCUGAGGACAGUGGUGCUGCCACGGAAGCCAGUCAUUUUAUCUUAAAUGAUUUUUCUAUAUUUUCAACUGUGGGGUGACUGAGUUUUCGUUUUCACAAACGUCUUUUGACAAAAUAAUAAAGCAUGCACUAAGUAUACUUUUAUUGCUAGAGAAAUGACAUUGAAGUGACCUGACUCCCCAUGACUGGUGUCAGGACGAAAGAGGUGGCAGAUAUCAUUCGUGACUGGCCACAGUGUGGAAAGUAUUGUACAUUUUGUAAACGGAUCUGGUAUGGUGUGACAUCCUAUAUGAGAAUGUCUUGAGUUUAAAACAUGAAGCUCAGAAGCUGUGCUCUGCUCUAUCGAGUCCUUUAACAUGUCCGGGAAACUGGGUGUGGAACUGUGCAAUCCUGUGACUGCUUUUUGUGUCAAGUUCAAUUGUGAUGAUGGAAAAAAAAAGUGACGUACUAUUUUCCCUGUUUUAAAGAAAAGUAUUUUUGUUUAUAGUGUGUUUUUUUCCUUUGGAAAAUUUUCAAUUGUACAUUUUAUUUUACUAAUAGUUGUAUUUUUCACAGAGAAAAUGUGGUUUUAAUUUUUUCUAUCCAUACUUCAUUGUUUUCAGUAUACCCUGUGUGGGUACAUGUCAUUUGCAUUGUAGAUUCUGUCUUGAGGUAGCCAUUUUUGUUUUGCCUUAGUGUUACUUGGAAUAUUCAUUCGGUGCUAGAAUUAGUUUAGCUUUAUAAAUGGGACUGUGUGAAACACUGCACUAAUUUCAUAUUUCAUAAAAUAAAUUUCUUACCAAA